UGUUUAGUCACGGGAAUAGCAGGUUAUCUUACAAAGCGGUGGUCCGUAAUAAUUUAUUCUAUAACUCAAAAAAAAAUAUCAGUCUUGCCACCAUAAAAUAAAUCAGUAUUUUUGUCAAGGAAUGAAGUGCACUUUCUGUAAUACUUGGGAUAUUAAAUAGUUUUAAUAAAGGGAAUCCAUAGAAGUCAAGAAUGCAGUCAGGGGAGCGAGGGCGGAAGCUCGUGGAUGCCCUGUUAUGCGGAAGAGACGAGGAGGCAAUCAAAUUACUAGAAGGGAGAGUAGACUUUACAGUUGAAAAUAGAGGUGACAACGCCAUUCAUUUGGCGGCAAGAAGAGGGAAAUUGAAAAUAAUAAAGCAAAUGAAGAAACUUGGAGCAAACCUCGAACAGAAAAAUCUUCACGGAAACGUACCAAUGCACUAUGCUGCUAAGGGAGGCUUCUUGGACCUUGUUAAGUAUCUGAAAGACAACGGCGCGGACCUGAACAUUACAAACAAUGAUGGGGAGUCACCAUUGCACGAGGCUGUUAAGACACAGACCAUGGAUAUUAUUGAGAACUUUGUAGAUCUAGGAAUGUCACCCAAUGUCAAAAAUGAACAGGAUGGAGAUACGCCACUGCACACUGCAAUGAGAUGUGGAGCUGUGGAGGCAAUGGAAGGGUUACUGAUCAAACGCGCCAAAGCCGGCCAAAGAAACAAAGAAGGGAAAAAACCAGAGGAUGUGGCCAAGAAUGUAGCGAUAAAAGAAAGCCUCAGAAUGUAUGCUACAAUGUUGAUAGCGAAGAGCUCCGAAUACAUACAAGCGAAAGGAAUGAAGAUUACACGCCACAAUGUAUCGCAAGGCCUGACCGUCGACCGUGUUGGCGUCAUUAUACAUAAUAUUGACAUUCCUAAAGAAUUCCCGACGGGGUUUUACUGUCGGAGAGAAAAGGCAGAAAAUGCAACUGUGACAUUAAAGAAGUACGAUGAGGAGUCAGUUUUCAGUGACGUUUACCAUAUAAGGAUCUUCGAAGUGAACAGAGACUGCAAAACGAAGAUUUAUCUCCCCGUAUUCAAAGCGCCAUCUGAGAAAGAACAAAUGGUGAUUCAUUUUAUAAAUACAGCGGAAGAGGACAAAGUUGUUGAAAACGCCAUAGUACAAAACAAGAAUAGUUACUGUGAGUUAGAGACAGUUUUGAUUCCCGAGACCACGGUUGUAUGUGUAGUACACGUUAGACCAAGGAGAGAAGAGAACAAGGUUAAUAAAGAGGGGGCAGUAAUUACGUCUGAAAUGGAGAAGGACUUCUCCCUGGAAGUACCACAAGAUUCAUUUGAGGGAGAAACAGUGCUCAGCUUAACGGUUUUCGAAACAAACACAGAUGAUUACGCAGAACCGGAAGAAGAAAAGAGCAUCUCAAAUGAUAAUACUACUUCCGGUAUGUCUAAAGAUAAACCAAAUACUCGAAAACUUGGUAGGAAAGAAUCCGUCAGCAGUAAAGCACCAGAUGAAGAGACUGAGAAAAAGCAAGAAAUUGUCAGAAACCCACCCAAACCACAAAAUCCAAACUUGUUAACUGACGUUUAUCAAAUAAAUGUGGAAGGACAACAGCCUAAAAAAGGUGUCAAAGUUAAGAUACCGCUUUGUGAAGGCAUGGAGACUGAGGAUGAAGUGACAAUCGUUGCUGCAGACGAGACAAAAUUACAGGAAGUAGACAGUCUCGAAGUUCUCCAAACAAAGCCACAAAUUGUCGGCUGCAAUCUGAUAUUCGAAGUGUCUCACUUUAGCAUAUAUGUGGCGACAUGGAAAAAGAAAGCUGCAGAAAAAGAAGAAAGGCUGGAACUUCAGCGUCAGAUAUCUAAUGCUCGAGAUAAAAGAAAACCUGCUGCAUUGUUUGCUGUUGUAAAACAUAUAGAAGGCUUAAAGCACGUGCUUGUGGUGUCGUGCGUCGUGGCGAACAAAAGUGUGGACUGCCGGCAGAAGUGGAAAGAUUCCGAGGGCUACGAAGAGCAAAACCCACCGGAAGCGGGGCCCGUCCCGAUGACACCCGGAGACACAUAUUGCAUAGAUAUUGAUGGAAAUGCAAGUCUAGAGGACAAAGAUGACGCUACUGAGAGGAAAAUACAAUUUUCCCAGUGUCGCUCAAGUUGGCAACCGUAUCAUUUAUUUCUACACGAAAAUAUCUACGACCCAGAAAAGGCUUUUGCCCAUGUAAUAGUUUCUAAAAAGACAGACACGGGUCUUGAGGAAGCGACUCGUCUGAGAAUCAAACUUACCGCUCCACCCAAACCACCGACACCACCACCAACUGAAGGAGACAAACGUCUGCAAAAAGCCACGAAACUCGGCAAAAUGGAAAAGGCUUUUGCCCAUGUAAUAGUUUCUAAAAAGACAGACACGGGUCUUGAGGAAACGACACGUCUGAGAAUCAAACUUACCGCUCCACCCAAACCACCGACACCACCACCAACUGAAGGAGACAAACUUCUGCAAAAAGCCACGAAACUCGGCAAAAUGGGUCCAAGGAAACCUGUAUAUGUUCACAAACCUCUCCAACACGAGACUUUUACUUAGACUAUAUAAUCAUAAGACUACAACUCGCCGGGGAAAGGGGCAGUAGCUCGUAUGUUGGGAUUUUUUGGCAAAAAAUGAGAUGAUACUUGCUUCUUAAUUGGAAACUUUUAAUGUUCACACGUAAGCAGACGGAUGAAUGAACUAAUAAAGGUGGUUAUUUGGAAGAAUUUGAUUAAUAUGUGACAAAACUACACAUCACUAUUGUACUACCGGUGAUAUGUAGGUAGGCGACGCAGUGUCGUAUCACCAUACAGUUUGUUUACGAUUCAGCGGCAUGUAAAGCCAAAAUUCGUUUGAAAUGCAGUAAUUUGCUCAGCUGUAGUCUUUAUUAUGAAAUGUAUUGAUGUUUAAUUAAGAACAAACCAAUAGUAUAUGCUAGAAUUUUGUUGUUUCCAUUGCGGACAAUUAGAUUUAUGCAGUGAUGGUUGUAUUGUGUAAUAUAGGAAGACGCGGUCAGUAUUUGGCUUUAUUAUAUACCUAUAUAAAUUUUGUCAAAAUACAGCUUGCAUUUCACAAGGAAAUACGAACAGACUGAAAAAAAUCCCGUGUUGUACCUUCCAAUAUCCCGUAUUGUACCUUCCGUACUGUAUGUUGCCGGACUACUUUCAUUCAUGAAUAUGCAUGAGCUGACACAGUUAUAUAAAUAGCGCGUACAAAAACAUCACUCAUUUCAUUUUAACAUCAACAAACAUUUAAGAUUUCGUUCGAUUACAAAUAAACAAACAAAAAGAUGGAGGUAUAUAAUAAAAGGGUCAUUACAACAGUAGCUAGAUCUGGGAUUUUGUAUUCGGCUCUCGUGGAUUUUGCAAGGACGGAUCACACUCGAUCUGGCAAAAUCCACCCGAGCCGAAUACAGCAUCCCAGAUUGAGCUACUGUUAUAAUAACCCUAUUGUAUCUCUUUUAUUCUGUAUGAACCGGAACUGUUAUACAAGUUUAGCAACGGUAGUUUUAAAAUGAUUACGUGAAAACCGGGCGUAUCAUGAUUACCAAAGCCAGUAUGCUCUUGUUACAUUUAAUAUCAUAUUGUACAGAUUUUCGUCAUUACUACAAAGUAAAAUGCUCGAAAAUUCCUUUCGUUUUGUGCCUAAAAUAUCGUAAAUCAAAAGCCGGCCGGGUGUGCUUCAUUGAGUUGGACAUUUUAUGUGAAUGUUCCGUACUGUGUACUAUCAUGUGUUAUUCCCCGCUCGGAUAGAUGCUUUCCAUCAUUUCUUUUUUUUUGUACAUACAUGCGACAUAUAUAAUCUAAUGAUAAAACGGUAGCCUUUAUACAAUGAUCGUAUUGAAGUUUGAACAUUUUGUAAACGUUUUACUGUUUGCUGUACACUUAGCGCUUGUCUAUCUUCAUCAAGUUUAGACAUGCCAGAGAAGUCCAUGAAAGUAUAGAUGUUUAAUAUGAACUCAGUGUCCUUGUAACGUUGAUGUUUAUUAUGCCCACCACCCCUUUAAAGAGGAGGAGGUAUAUUGUAAUACAUUAGUCUGUCGGUAGACCGUUUGGUUUCCAAUCAAUUACUAGAGAAUGCUUGGUCUCACAAUCAUCGAACUUCAACGGAUGUUUGCCUGUGGACAGCAGAUGACCACAAUUGUCUUUGGGGGUCUAAGUCAAAGGUCAAAGUCAUAGUGACCUUGAGACUUAAAAAUGUUCCCGCUCAAUAACUAAAGAACACUUUGACCAACAGCCAUCAAACUUCACGGAAUGAUUGCUUGCGGUCAAUAGAUGACCCGUUUUUUGAGGGUUUAGUCGGUAAAAGGUCAAGGGCACAGUGCCCUUGAGAUUGAGGACGGCUUAAUAACAGAUACCACUUGGACGUUCAAAUGUCAGAUGCCAGUAGUCACUAGAUAUUUUAGGGGUCAGUAUGACAAAGGUGAAGUUAAAGUUGGCUCGAGAAAUGAAAAUGGUUUCCACGUAACAAGUUAAGAAUACUUUGGCCAACAGUUGUCACGACUUCGUCGGAUUUCUAAGCUGAGUGUCACGGAUUUCAGAAAGUUUUCUGUGUUACUUACCGUUUUCGAAAACGAAAGUAGGUCGGCAUUUCACAGAAUUGAUAUAUAUCUGUUCUAUGUUUAUCUUAGUUUUCAUACUACGGUGUUAUUUUGCCCAUUAAACAGAUUAUGUAAACAGCAAAAUAAACCUAAUGCCAUUUUGUCUCCUAAACGUCACGGAUUUCUUCUAAGUCAAAAAUUUCUAGGUAAAGUAUGACAUAUUUAUAUUUUUGAAAUAUUGGUAAAUUCGACAUUUCUUUUACUGAAAAUUCGUCUGUAGACAUUUUUCAUGUAGCCUAUCAGCAACAGGCAAAUACAUUAGACUUAUUUUGCCAUUCACAUAAUCUGUUACAUUAAUAAGCAUAAAAACACUAUAUCAUUUAAAAUAUAAGUUGGAUAUUGAACAGACAUAUCAUUUCUAUGGAUUCACAGAAUUCAAUAAUGGUAAAUAACACAGAAAUCGUCCUGAAAUCCAUGACUCUGCACCAAGGAUUGUCUAAACCAUUUCUUCGUUAAGGCCUACCCAACUAACAAUCUAUCUGCGCAAAUAAUGUUUCUGUUUCUUAGUUAUCAUUUUCUUUUACACUGUCAUCAUGUCUUGAUUAAUGACUGUGUCUGGCUGUUGUGUACGCAUCAGUUAACUUGUUUAUAAUUUAAAAUAACCUGAUGAACUUUGUAGAAUGUAUAUAUCCACUGUUGUAUAAAGAUGAGACUGAAUAAACCAUUUGUUAUA